AUGGAGUUUAAGGAAGCCCCCCCUUCCCUCCCUCCCGUUCCUCCUCUUGAUCCUCCCCUCCGCCAGGUGUACGGCGCUGAUGACAGCAGCCUAGCGAUGACACGCUCAGUGCAGCGGGACACAGCAACCUCUUCCCGGGGCUCCUGUGAUGCGCCUGCUCAUUGUGCUGUUGUGUGUGUGUGCUCCUCCAUCUUCAUCCCCCCCACCCUCCCCCAGGUGUACGGCCCUGACGACACCAAUCUGGCCCUCACGCGCACGGUGCAGCGGGACAUCUGGCGCUCGCAGUUCCCCCCGGGUUCCUGUGACGGAAAACGCCUGCUCAUUGUGCCCUGGGUGCUGGAGAGUGGUUCGGAGGGGUUGGGAAGUUUGGAGGGGCUGGCUCUGCAGGUGCAUGUGAUGGGUGCGGUGCUGGGGUUGGCGGUGGAGACGGGGCGAGUGCUGGUCCCACUCUCCGGUUCCUUCAGCCAUGCCAACAACUCCGCCUGCAAAGCUGUGGGCCAGCAGGGCCAGUGGGGUGCUACUUCUCCCCCAUCGCCUCCUCCGACUGUGCCAAGCACGCACAGAAGGAGAUGCAGAGCGGUUCACUGCGGUCGCGGUGCAGCGGCAAGCACAUUCGCAACGUGGCUCUAUCAGCGGAGCCCAUUGUCUGUCUGCACCCCGACUUUGACCACAACGAGCUCAAGCUGCACGCUGCUGUCGUCACCAAAUGGGGAGCGCCUCACUUGCAGCGUCCAGAUACACUGUAUCGUCCAACAUGCCGGCCCCCCACUCCUGACAACCCCUCCCUCUCCGUGCCUCAG